GGAACACCGAUCCCAUCCCCGCCUUCCUUCGCUGGCCAGAGGAGGGUUGUCAGAUCACAGCGGCUUUCCGAGGAAAGAUGAGAGGAUAAGGGGACGAGAUCUAUCUUCAAUCUCACCUCUAUCUGUAAGCUCUUACAGACAAGCGCCACCUACAACCGCCGUCGCCGUCGCCGUCGACGUCGCCGCCGGCGCUAUAAACAACUUCUCCUUUAGGCUCAGCAAAAGCAUCAGAAACAGAGGCAACGGAUCAUGUUGGAAGGAAAGAGGAGCCUUUGGGCGGCGGCUCUUCUUGUGGUUGGGCCUCUGCUGGUAGCGGUUGUUCUAUAUGGACCGGACGGCGACAUUAUUGCGGAGAAGCUGCCCGGGUACGGCUCGCCGCCGAUGGUGGUGAGGAGGAGGAACGAGAGGGUGGGGGAGUGGGUGGAGAGGGUUGGGGAGGGUUCGCUCUUGGGGCCUGAGGACCUCGCCUACGACGCCGAGGAGGGUGCCCUGUAUACGGGGUGCGCCGAUGGUUGGAUAAGGAAGGUGGCGGCGGUUUCCGGCGAGGAAGGGAGGCCGCUGGCGGUGACCAACUUCAGCUACGUGGGUGGUCGGCCUCUAGGGCUUGCUUUUACUCCCCAGAAGGAGCUCAUCGUUUGCGACUCUCUCAAGGGCCUGCUGAAGGUGAAGGAAGGAGGAGAUGUAGAGGUGUUGACAGAUGAAGCUGAUGGAAUGAAGUUUGGGCUAGCAGAUGGAGUGGAUGUGGGGAGGGAUGGCACCAUCUACUUCACAGAUGCCAGCUACAAGUACCAGCUGGAGGAGUACGCAAUGGACUUGCUCGGCGGCCGCCCCCAUGGGAGGCUCCUGAGCUUCGAUCCCGUCACCAGACAGACCAAAGUGCUCAUGGAAGGCCUCUACUUUCCGAACGGCGUCGCUAUUGCUCCGGGCCUCGACUUCCUCGUCUUCUGUGAAUCUCCAUUGGCAAGCUGCAAGAAGUACCACAUUGAAGGGGAGAAGAAAGGAACAUGGGAGUCAUUCAUGGAGAACAUGCCAGGAGCACCAGACAAUGUUCGAUACGAUGGUGAUGGCACCUUUUGGAUCGGCAUGGCUGCGGUUCGAGAUGCGACCUUCGAUAGAUUGAUGCGAUCUCCGUUGCUGAGGAGCGUGUCGAUGUUCAUGACAAAGCUUGGCAUGCUACCUAAAGUUCAAUCUAGCAGUGGGGUGUUGGCUGUGGACACAGAAGGCAAAGCUAUAGCACUAUACUCGGAUCCUGCGAUGGGUUCAGUUACUGGUGGAUUAAAAAUUGGAGAUUACCUCUACUUCAACUUUUUGCACUCCCCUUAUUUAGCUCGUCUUAACAUCAAAACUCAUCCUGCAGUUCUAACGUAAAUUCUCAUUCAUAAGUUGCAGGUUAGUUGGCCAAUGUAUCCAAAAGAUAAACUUUCUGAAGGUUGUAGAGUAGCUGGUCAGGCUGAUCAAAGUUUGAUUCUUGCGUGCGCUACUCCUCUGAGGAGACUGUUGAUGACAUGUUUAACAUUAUUUCAGUUCAAAGAAAAAGAAAAGCAAAAUCUUGAUUAGUUC